GAGGGGCUUGGGCUGGUAAAACAGAGCAGUUGAAAAUUCUGCUCUCUAUCAAAGGAGUGUGAAGCACGUGGAGCCGUUGUCCAUUCAUGUCAUUACGAAUUAACCCCAUUAAUACUGCUGUAGUAUCCCAGGAGAAUUAUUUGCGUGUAAGUGGAGGGGAGUGUUCAGUCCCUGAAAGGAGGUUAUUUAAAAUUAAUUCUCAUGUCAGCAGAAAGCUCAACCAUCACGGUUCGCCUUGUUCGCUCCUUUGAGCACCGGAAUUUCAGGCCUGUGGUUUAUCAUGGAGUUAACUUGGAUCAGACAGUGAAGCAGUUCAUUGCUUUUGUGCAGAAGGAUGUGCCUUCAAGAACAGGUCUUCCUCCUCCUUUUAAAGCUUACAAAUACGAUACAAUGAAGAUUAUUCACCAAGCUCACAAAUCUAAGACUGGUGAUCUAGUAGUGAGUUUGGAAGAUGACGACAAACUGAUUUUGAAAGAAGACAGCACACUGAAAGCAGCUGGAGUAGCAAAUGAGACCGAAUUAGCAUUCUUCUGUGAGGAAGAUUACAGAAACUACAAAGCUAAUCCUGUUUCGGCCUGGUGAAGAUCCCAAGAGAUUGUUUUGUUUUCCCAUACUUGUUGUAAAUCUUCCUUGCCCUGCUUAAUGACUUUUUCUUUAAAAGAUCAAUAAAUCCUUGAGGAUUGCUUUGCAAA